UCUACAAAAUAACACUACAUGAAACAAUAGCAGUAAUAUUUUUAAAUGAUCAAUUUUAAGGGAAAGAUGCUAAUGGCAAUAUUCAUUAAAUACGUAUGCCCAAUAAGAAAAAAUAAAAUACAAACAGCCUUAUCGGUAAAAACCACAAAAACUUAUCACUAUUCCACGUAUUGUUCGAACACAAUAGCUACAGGUGCAGAUAGGCGCAGGUGAGGCAUUUAACUUUCAAGAAUGCACCAUACUGUACUCCUGUUGUUAAUAAUUUACACUGAAGCUAGGAUGUUCUGCGAGAAGUCGAAAAUCCCUCUCGAACAGGGCGUGUGGCGUUACGAUCUGCAACAUAUGGACGCGGCUAUAGUUGACAACCGACCUGUUUCGAUCAACGAGGGACAAAUUUACGUGUACGAAAACUAUUUCCCAGGAUACACGAUUAGAUAUGUGAAUGUAGAUAAUUUAGCCAUGAAGUCAUGCGGUGCUAGUGCUACAAUAAAAAAUGGCGGCGUGGGAUCCUCGUCUGUGUUCAUAGUUUUACACGCAGAAAGCAAUCAAGAGAUCCGUUCCGUUAUCGAUAUUUGGGGCAUAAAGAAUUAUGAACCGAAGCACAAAGUGGAUGUAGACCCAAAUAUAAAAAAUAUGAAGUCUCUAUAUCUAUUUAAGGGUUUAAGAGUUGUCCAUCAUAAUAAAGGAUAUUAAUGUAUUUUUUUUUUGUUAUAUUAAUAUUUUUUUAAUGGGUGAUAAUGGAAUGGUAACCCUGCCUGCGCUAUCGCGAUACGCUGGCGGAGCACCAGUGAAGAAUGAUAGGUGAGAAUAAGCAGGUCAGUUGGUCCAUCGUGACAAAUUCAACAAGAAUUGUUCACGAUGGUUUCUAGGGGGAACCACGUGGAGGUCGACCUAAUAGGGCAUAUUGCUGACAAUGGGGCUGUCAAACUCCAUUGCUAACAAUCCCUUUCCCCCCUAUUAUAUUAAUUUCGACAUUGGUGUCGGUAUUGGGGCGUCAGUUUUCUAAAUUUAUCUCUUGACCUUGUUUUAAUUUGAUUAUCAUCAUCAUAUCAGCCUUUAACUGUCUACUGCUGGGCAUAAGCCUCCCCCUGGGGAGGGGGGGGGGGGGGUUACCAGUAGUUGCCACGCAGGCGGAUUGGUAACGGCAGUUAGGCUUUUCAGAUAUUUUAAGAUGGACGACGCUGCCCAUCCCUUAGUCGCCUCUUAUGACACCCACUGGAAAGGAAAGGAAGGUUACCUAUUCUAUGCUGGGACCAAACGGGCCUUAAUUAGAUACCUUCGCGAAAUUAGUGUUCUGUGAACUUUCAUAAACUAACCCCCUCAUGCCUAAGAAGUAAAACCUCGAACAAAUCUAAUUUUUUUUUUUUUGAUGGAUGAAAAUGGUACGAUAAACCCGCCUGCGCUAACGGGAUACGCUGGCGAAGCACCAGUAAAGGGUGAUAGAUAAGAAUGAAAACAGGCCAGUUAGCCCAUCAUGAUGAAUUCAUCAGGAAUUAACCAUGAUAGUUCCCAGGAAGAACCGCAUGGAGGUCUACCUGGUUGGAUAUAUUGCUAGCAAUAGGAUUCUCAGUCUCCAUUACCAACAAUCCCUUUCCCCCCACAAACCUAUUCUAACUAUUAUAGUUUUCUCACUUUCUCUCAAAUUAAGAAUUUAGUACAAAAUAAAGAAACAAAACAGUUCAAUGUUUGAGAGGUUUGACGUUUCUAUAUAUACGGGGGUAGAUUAAUAAUUCUUGUCUUAAAUCUAUUGAAACAUUAGUUUAUAUUGAUCCUUGAAAUUUUGUUUUUAGAGAUAAAUUCAGAGCAAUGGCGCCUCAGUAUCAGUCCCAUUAUCUUAGACAUUAUAUUUAUUACUAACCAGCUUUUGGCCGCAACUUGGCACGCGUGGAUUUUGAAAGUAGAUACUUACUUCUCUAUGACAUGUCAAUAUAAAACAUAUACCAGAUUUCAAGUUAGACCUUAUAGAACAAGAUUUCCUACCUUUUCUUUUGUUGAGUCUCCCCGGAUUAUAUAUUGUAUGCUUUCCUCGAAUUUUGUCAUUAGAAAAAUACAGAUCAUUUUAAAGACGUUUCAUUCUGAAUUAUAAAAAAAAAAACAAUAUUUAAAUUUA